AUGUUCAAGGAGGCCCGGUCGAACUUCUCCGGUUUCGGCGGGGCUGCUGGCGACGGCUUGAUAGUGGACAAUGCACCACCUGAGGGCCUCAGCCAAUGCUUGAUACUGCUUGAUCGGCAGCCUCGUAUUGUCACCUCGCAGAAAGUUUUAGCACCCGGGAAGUUUGCCUUGAAGCUGCGUGGAGGAAGUGUGCGAUCUGGCCAGGUAAGAAGCUUGGGCUAUAUUGGCAGUUUUCUCGCUGAGUACUCGGCAGCCCUCGAGCUCCGGCACUGCAAGCCGUCGGACAUGACGAAUCCCAUGAGGGCCAUCCUCGAGCCGAAGGUGGAUCUUCCAGGUGAUUUUGCCAAGAGGCAGGUAAAUGCGGCCUUGGUGCCUGUCAACCCUUCUCAGCGUGCCGCCAUCGAGGGCUUGAAAUACGCCUUGGAGAAGAUCCAGGGUCCUCCCGGCACCGGCAAGUCGACCACCAUCUUCCACAUCCUGGAUGCGAGGCUGCCUGCCGGUCAGCGAGUCUUGGUGACCUGCUCUCGCAACGUCGCUGUGGAAUCCAUCGCGCAGAAGCUGGAGGGACUUCAGGGUUGGCCGCUGUGCGUCUUCGGCCCACGUGACCGGGUCGGUGGCACUGCCCGUCGAUAUCUGCUGGACUCGCAGUGCGUAUGCGGCCUGGUGUGGCUUCUUGUGCAGACUGGUGGCCUUCACGUCCAGAUCAUGGUGACCAGCAAGCAGACCUCGCUCGACCGACGGAUGAUCCUCAGAGAGGCCAUCGGAAGCUGUCUGCCCCAUUUGCCCAAAGAGCAUGAUGUGGAGCUGCUGUUUUUCUUGGGUGACUUGGCGGCAGCUUCGGCCGAUGUGCAGCAAAGCCUAGCGGAGGAAGAGGAGAAGUUCCGAGACCUGAUUUUUGUCGGCGGACCUGAUGCAGACCCUCCGGUGGAGAGGGAUGUCACCUACGUCCUGGAGCGGCCCACGGCAAGGGGCUUUCGGCUUGCUGUUGGGACAGCUUGGCUGGCAACGCACAGGACGGACUUGGAUUUCGUCAUGUACUUAGAUGACGACAGCUACCUGAACGUCCCGAGAUUGCUGUCCUUACUGGAGGAACACAAUUCUCCUUCUCUUGCCAUGGGCUACAUCAUGGAGACGGAACUGGAUAUGCUGGAUACUCACAUUUGCAAAGUUUGCCCGCUGAACUGCGAGGCGUGUCAGACAGAUGGUUUCCUUCAGGCCUUCUGUGGCAAGUUCCCGGAAAUGUCUCUGGGCGGCUGCGCGUUUCUCAUCCACCAGUGCAAGCUUUUCGGGCAAGACACCGCCGAAGCGUCCCUGGAGGAGUGUGUGAGAAAAGCGCAGGUGAACACCAUGCAGGUGGUGCAUUACUUCGGUGCCAGGGGUGCACCACGUUGGUUUCUGGGCAUGGGCUGGGUCUUCGGGCGACGAAUCGUGGAUUUUUUGGCGAGGAAUGUCGGUGACUUGAAGAAGCAAGGUGCGGCAGAUGUGCAGCUUGGAUUUUGGCUUGCUCCUCUCGAAGGUGUUUACUGGGUUGAUAUGAAAGACGGACAGUUCCACGACUAUCCCAUGCCAGGCAGCACCUUCUCCAAAGGAUGCACCGACCAGACAGUGCUCGUGCAUCGCAUGAACAAGGAGCGCUGGCGAGACUUCGACCCACAAACCUGUGCUUUGAGAUGCCCGCUCACGGUUGGUGGACAUCUGGACGAGUCCCGACGUCGUCGUGGAGCCCAAGCCGCCAAAGAGCGCGGCGCUGCGCUCUCUGCCGCCAUCGCCGCAAAGGAGGCGGCUUGCCGUGGCCGUCGAGGCGAGCGUUUCCUGCUCGCAUUCCUCCGCCAGCGAUUCGGCUUGGCCUAUGCAUUGCGGGACUUAUGCCUACGCGUGGAGAGGUACUGUGCUGCUGCAGCUGACUCUCCUGAAUGGUGCAGCCAACGUGCACAGGACAGCAAGCAGGCCACUCUCCACGAAGCUCGAAUCUUGCUUUGCACCAUCGCCUCCACCAGCCGCAUGUUGCGCGAGUGGGAGGAGGCAAUGGGCACAGAGCUGCGGGUGCACACUGUCAUCGUCGAUGAGUGCGGCUGCACGCCAGAGUCAUCCACGGCGUUGCUGCUGCGGCUGCAGCCUGCAAACUUGGUUCUUGUGGGCGAUCACAAGCAGUUGCCUCCGACGUCUCUGGUGCAGCCGCAGAUCCUGGAGGGAACUGGUCACAACCGCUCAUUGCUGGAGCGCUGUGUCCUCGCAUCGGGCAGGGUUCACCAGCUCCGCGAGCAGUACCGAAUGCAUCCCAGCAUCGGCCGCCUUGUCAGCAACUUGUUCUACAGCGGGAGGUUGGAAACUCCACGGCGAGUUGCCGAGGACCGCCAAGCCUGCGAGCGAAGACCGCUUGUGUGGAUGGAUGUCCAAGGUCGCGAGGAGGCUCCGAACAAGUCAUACAUCAAUGCUGCUGAGGUGAACAGCUGUCUCAAGGUCGUGACGCGCUUGCGUGAGCGCAUUGGGCCAAAACCCUCUGUGGCUCUCCUGACCUUCUACAAGGGUCAGCUCGAAGAGCUGAUGAAGGCCGUGCCAAGUGACCUCGAUGUCGAGGUACUCACUGUGGAUGCCUGCCAGGGUAGUGAGUUCGACUUCGUGAUUUUGAGCACCGUGCGUGCAAACCGAGAUCUUCGUCUCGGCUUUGUAAAGGAUGCUCAGCGAAUUUGCGUGGCAACGUCAAGAUCCAGGCUACAGCUCUUCAUCGUGGGACAUCGCCAGACCCUUUGUGCAGAUGGCGAUUGGAAGCAAGUCUACGAGGCAUGCACGGCAGCGACACCCGAGGAUGCCCGGCCCCAGCGUCCCUCCCCGGCAGCCGGCUUCGUCUCCGUUUUCGAUGCCUUGCGCCGUGCCAAGGAAUUGGAUGCAGAGCAGAAGGCACUUCAGGCCAUGGAGGAGCAGAGCAAAGAUCCAGGCCGCCGGCCGUCGCGACCUUCCUCUGGAGCAGAGUCGCUUAUGUGGCAGCAGGCAAGUUUCCGCAACCAGGCGUCGCAGCCUUCGAUUCAGCGCAGGAACGACGGCACUUACCAAAGCAGUACGGCCGUUGCUAUCGGCGGCGGAUUCCGCAGUCGUAGAGAUGUGUACGCCAUGGAGGCCACAGCCAAGGCCCACCUGCAGAGCCUCGAGGUUCCGAGGCCAGCCUUUGCCGCAGUGGCUCCGAAGGCCACUGACUACAGUCAGUUUCCUGAGCUUUCAGGCAGACCGGAAGCAAGUGGUCAGAAGGCCCCAAUGCCGCGCUGUCAACUUCGACCCUCAACACGAAACGAUGAGCGACGAGCGCGGCGAGCAGCGCAGAAGGCUUCCACAUCUGAAAUGGAGGUCGCCCAGCCGCCUCUUUCAAUGGAAGCAACUGGUGGCACGGAGCAAGUCUGGGAAGAUCUUCACGAGGCCGUCCUGUUCGAGAUGUUUCCAGAGGAUACGCCUGCCGUGGAAGAGGCACUGCUCCGCUUCGCGGGAACUCCACACCAGGCUGCCCGCGCAUUGGAAGCGCUACUGGCACGCCCAGAGGCCAAAGCUAUGGCAGAAGGGGAGGAUGACCUGGACUACGACCGGGCAUCCUUUGCUGACGAGGACGGACCCGUUGACUGGGAAGACGAGGAAGAGUGGGACGAAGAUGCGGAGGACGAGUGGGAAGAGGAGGAAGAAGAGUGGGACGAAUAUGCAGAGGAGGAGCAAGUCGUCCCCACAGCGGAGGUGCCGAAACCGGUGCGGCGAUGGGGCAGCCAGGCUCGGCAGGAGAAUGUGUUCGGGAGUCUCGAUGGCGCGCCGAAAUGGGCGGAGAUGCCUGCGAGACCUGAGCAAGGUGGCAAGGAGCUGGUUCCGCUGCGCCCCAAGGAGGAGCGCGGUACAGAGGACCUGCUGGAGUCGAAAGGGCGACGUGCGGAGCUCAAAAAUCCAGCUGCUGCUCGCGCCUACGCUCCGGCAACCUGUGCGCAAAGUCGGACAGAGAGGUGCCGUGAGCUUCUCGCAGGCGCGCGGCCUGCGCUUGAGGAGAGCAUCAUCGACUAUUUGGCCUCAAUGAUGGGGGAGUGCCUGCAGGACGAAGUCGACGAGCUCCACGAAACAGUUGUGGAGAUCUUGCAGGGCCACGACAUGCCCGCCAAGGACGCCGAGAACCUCUGGCAGAAGCUGAAGACAUGA